UCCCUGAGCCCCGGGGCCAAGAGCACGUGCUGUCUCUCCGCAAGGCGGGACUACAUCCCCCACAAUGCCGCGCGCAGCGGGCCCUGGCCGGAGAGUGGGGGAAGGGUGGUCGGGAGGCGGAGCGGAAACGGGGAGUAGAGUCCCCGGGUGCCGAGCGCUCUGGGUCCUACCUCCGUCCUGGCCCGCAGGCUGUUACGGCGCCGCUGACGCCCGUGGCGGGCUGUGGCUGUAGCUCCAGUUUGUGAGCCCCGCGGCCGCGUUAUUGAAGGGAAACCAGCAGGCCAGGAUUGAACUACGGCUGCUUGGUGUCUGCUUGCCAAGAUGACUGGACUGUAGCUGCUGGUUUGUGCCUGGUGUCUGCCUGACUAGAGGACUGGUCUGCAGCUGCUGAGUCAUAUUUGGUUUGUGCUACGGGAAUGAACUGCUGCUGAAGAAGAUCCAGCUCACCCUCAAAGAAGAUUGCUGAUCAGUUAACUAUCACCUACGAGGGAGAACACGACACUUUGUGAGACUGGCCAGUUCCACAAAUGAUGAUUUCCAGUUCCAUCCAUUUUCCUUUGCAUGAGAGCAGACGCAGCCCUGCUGAAGAUGGACAGACGGCAGUAGACAGCUGCUCCUCCUCUUUCCUCUCCAAAGGCUUGCCAUUUGGUGUCUUGUUUCCAGUUACUGCUCCUCGAUCAAGCCUGUUUGCUACCUUCAUCAGACAUGUUCCGCACAAUCUCAAGAAAAAAUAUGUCCCAGAAGCUGAGCUUCCUGUUGCUGGUGUUCGGACUCAUCUGGGGGCUGAUGCUACUUCACUACACCUUGCAGCAGCCGCGACGGCAGAGCAGCGUCAAGCUUCGUGAGCAGAUCCUAGACUUAAGCAAAAGAUACGUGAAAGCUCUGGCGGAGGAGAGCAGGAGCACUGCGGAUGUGGACAACGCUGCAUCCAUGGCAGGCUAUGCUGAUCUGAAGAGAACGAUCGCAGUCCUCUUAGAUGACAUUUUGCAACGCUUGGUGAAGCUGGAGAGCAAGGUCGACUAUAUUGUUGUGAAUGGUUCAGCCACCAACACUACCAAUGGCACCAAUGGAAAUUUGGUGCCAGUAACAACCAACAAAAGGACGAGUGUUUCGGGCAGUGUCAGAUAGCAGUGAAGGGCACCUUGCACAGCUACAUCACUGUGGAUUACAUCCGUCACAGGACACCUCUUAAACUGCUGCCUAGGACAGAGUAAUACUUGACAAUAAAAGCUCUACACAUUCCCAAGGAGCUUGCUGGAUUCAUAGGAUGCUAAUUCUGUAUAUAUAAUCACAGGCAUUAUUAGUGUGCUUUGACACAAAGCUCUUUAAUGCUGUUCUGUAUUCUCAACAGGAAUUUGGUAACAAGGUUGAUAUGGUAAGCAGGGAGGCCAUCUCUGUACAGAGGUCAAGAAACAAAAGCACCAGAAAGACAUGGAGUCCUUUCUAGACGUAACUAUUUAAGUAUAUAACAUGUUUGUCAGAUAAGUGGACAAUAACAUUCAACUCAUUCUGUCGCCUGCCCUCAGCACUGUCCCUGUGAGUAGAGAACGUGCUUACUUCCAGAACUAUACUUUGUUACUCAAAUUAUGAGCAGAGAAAGGAAGUGUCAUGUUGAAAAUCAUGUUUUGAAAUAGACCCAAAGAAUGUUUUCAUUUGCACUAUCCUUCAAAAUAACUGAAGGUUAAUUGUAUAUUUUUAAAAAUAGCAUUUGUAAGAAUAUAAUUUUGAAAUGGGUAGCAGCCACUGUCCAUAGCUAACCAUUUGGGACAAUUUAAUAGAAGUGAUAGUAAUCGCUAAUCUCAUACUUUAAAAUUUCUUACAUAUAUUCUGCAGAAUAAUACAUAUUUUUAUGAUGAAAUGAAAAAUAAAAUAUGUAUAAUUUUCCACA